AUGGGACGAUUGACGUGCACCGCCAGAGGCAAGAAGAUCUCUAACUCUACCUUUGACUACCGCUUGCUGACUGUCGUUAGACUCUUUUUGUGCUUCCCUCACGCCGGUACUGACGAGGUGAUCACCAAACCCACCGCGAAGUGGUACCGCACCAUCGAUGGACGUGUGGCUUAUGCUUUCGAGCGUCUCAGAAUUCUCGACAUGUGGGGCGAGCAACUCGUCCUAAUUGAGGCUCUCGAGGAGAGAACCAUCUUCAGCAUCAUCCCCACAGAUCAGAUCACCAGACCUUGCCGCAUGGUCGCUAUCGUCAUGCAAGUCUGCGCUGAAGUGUCUCUCCAGAAGNGCAAGAGACCCCCUAUUCCCAUCACUGAAGAGGAGAUGGAGGCUGGCAUCUUCGCUCGCCCCUUGCAGCUCGUGUUGGUCGGAGAUGUCGACAUGGAUCCCAAGAUCUGGAUGGAUGCUUACACCGUGGCUCACGACACUGAUAUCAAGCUGUCGACCCCCGCCAUCAACAUUACCUACCCCGGCGACGAGUAUCAGUACCUGACCAACGCCCACGUGGUCUUCGCUACCAUCGAACGCAUCAAGAAGCUUGUCGCCAGUAGAGCCGUCGGCCUCUCCUGUGUCAAGCGUAUCGUCAUUGACGAACCCUUGUACAUCAACAAGCCCACUUGGGGCAUCCUCGGUGCGCUCUUCCGCCACCCCGACAUGAACCCUAGAGUCGCCGCUGUGUUCGUCGGCCGCAAGGCUUCCUUGGACGAGGACAACGUCGGCAAGAUCCGCGAGUUUGGUACCCACACGCUCCCAUACUGGCACGCCCACACAGAUGAGAGCCGUGUCCAGGCUCAGGUCGAGUGGGACGCUUAUGCCGGGUCGGUCUAA